CUCGCGUCGCGAAACAUGGCGCGGACUCGCAACGAAGAUGGCUGCCGCGCGUUACGAAAGAGCGGCCGAUUUCUUGCGGGGAAGCCGUUUCCCGAUCGCUCAGGGAGUUACUGUGCCGUCGUACAUUCUCCUUAUUCACGCUCGGUGGUGGCCGCCGACGCGAUGGUGUACGACAUCAAGUGGAUCAUACCGAAACUACGGAAUCCCUCCCGGCUAUGGAACAUCGCGAGCAGCAUAACCUUUGCGGCGGUGGGCAUUUUCUCGAAAAUCAUCAUGGAAUGGCUGAACAAAACGACGGUGUACAACAAGCACAUUAUCGGACGCGCCUUAGACCUCCGGCCGAAAAAUGUUCCGCUCAUUACUGUGUCGAAUCAUCACAGUUGCUUUGACGAUCCGGGCAUAUGGGCGACCCUGGACUUCCGGCAUGGGAUUGACCGACGUAAGAUACGAUGGUCGCUCGCCGCGCAGGACAUUUGCUUUACGAAUGUCUGGCAUUCCUACUUUUUCAUGCUCGGCAAGUGCAUACCUGUCGUUAGGGGUGACGGCGUAUAUCAGGAAGCCGUGGACUUCUGCAUCGAAAGGCUGGCCUGUGGUGAGUGGGUGCACGUCUUCCCUGAAGGAAAAGUGAACAUGCUCAAGGAAGAGAUGAGGUUGAAAUGGGGCGUGGGUAGGCUAAUAUUAGAAUCGCCCGUCACGCCUAUCGUAAUUCCCAUCUGUCACCUCGGUAUGGAUCAAGUACUUCCCAACGAGCCGCCGUACAUGCUUAAAAUGGGGAAAAAAGUUACCAUGAAUUAUGGGGAGCCCAUUGACUUUACUGACUUGCUGGCUGAGCUGCGAGCGUCGAAAGCGAGCGAGAUGGAAGCGCGGAAAGCGAUAACCGAUCGCAUCCAAGAGGAACUCUCAAGAUUGAAGGCAAUAACGGAAAAGCUGCACGCAAAAUUAUGACAAAGAUGAUCCCUCUUUUCUCGUCUCUCCGUCAUCUAGCCUUAAUUUGCCAAAAAUAUAAAAAGAGAUAAUCGAAUUGUGACCAUAUAAGUGAGAUUUGUAUGUAAGCCAACCCGUACGAUAAAAACGAUUUUCUUUUCGAAAGUAUACAUUCAUAUCUUUUGUAAUAGUAUUUCUGAGUAAUAUUGUGAGUAUCGGUUAAGUAAUCUAUUGUAUAGGAAACCGUUCUGCGAACUGCGACGUUUUUGUCGUCCUUUAAUUAUUCCUUGUAACUCUUCGAGAGGCCAUCAAUUGCGCAUAUAUAUGUAUGUAUAUAGUGUAUAAGUUGCGUACUUCCGAUUUUAUCUUUCGUCAAUGUAAUCAGUUGCUUUGGUGAAAAUCUUUAAACGUUAUUUAUCGCAAGUAUUUAUUCCGAUUAAUUUCGGCUGGAUUAUCAGUAAAAACUCAAUCAUUUUACCCCCAAAACAUAAAAAUUAUUAUCGAUAAGCGAAGAAACUUUUCUGCUGACGUAAAGUUACUCGUACAAUCUCGGUGAAAAUUUGUGAAAAUUAAAAUUGAGAAAAAUUGCGCAAGCUCCGAUAUAUAAAGGCUAUACCGCUCUCGGGAGUUACAUAGUUCUCGGAUAAUCGUGCGUGUCUAUCGCCUUGUAUAAUAAUUUAUAAAUAUAUGUAUAACCUGUACAUAGUAUACAAAUAAUCGUCAUAAUUGUCAUUAUACGCAGUCGGUUUUAUAAUGAUUAUAUCAAUAAAAGUUUUGAUAGACAA